AUGGAAAAGCCGAAGAAGAAUAUGUGCCUGAGUACGUGCGUCGAGGUUCACCUCGACGAGGGUCUGGUCGCCGAGAUCCUCCUCCGCCUGCCGGCCAAAUCCGUCCUCCGCUUCCGCGCCGUCUCCAAGGAGUGGCUCCGGAUCAUCGACGGACAGCAGUUCCUCGCCGUGCACGCGCGCCGUUGCCCGCUUGAGGUCCUCCUCUACACCAGAACCAAGGUGGUUCGGCCGGACGGUCGCCAGGCCUUCGACGUAGAGCUGGACGCCGUGGCCGCCUCCGCCCGGCGGCCUGUCGCGCGCUUCCCGGCGAGCCUCGACGGUGGGUACAACCAGUACUGUUCCCUGCUGGCCUCGUGCGACGGCCUCCUCCUGCUGCGGCACAAUAGACAGCAGUACCUCAUCUGUAACCCUGCGACCCGUCAAUGGAGCGACCUGCCGCGGCUCAUGUAA